ACAAAGUGCUGCUGCAACAUAUACUGAGGGUCUGGUUUCUUCUUCUUACGUCAAAAGGGUCGAGUGUUUUCGUGAUACACAAAACUGGGGGAAGGGAAUUAUGGGAGGAUCAUCAGGAUCUUCGCCGUGUGCUUCUUGCAAGCUGCUGAGACGCCGCUGCUCCAAGGAUUGCGUCUUCGCUCCAUAUUUCCCACCCCACGACCCUCAUAAGUUUGCCAUUGUUCAUAAGGUCUUUGGGGCCAGUAAUCUCUGCAAAAUGUUACAGGAACUUCCGGUGAAUCAGAGAGGAGAUGCAGUGAGUAGUUUAGUGUACGAGGCGAACGCAAGGGUGAGAGACCCCGUGUAUGGGUGCGUAGGCACGAUAUCUUACUUGCAGAAUCAAGUGUCGCAAUUGCAGCUUCAGCUUGCAGCGGCCCAAGCAGAAGUCUUGUCCAUGCAAAUGCACCAAAAACCACAUCUUGUAGAACAAGAUAGUGACAUGUCUUCUCUCUGGGCUGGGGACAACCUCAACAGCAUCUCACACUACAUUGCCGUUGCUUCUAAUUUAUCUGCGACUGUAAUCCAGGAUCCGCUUAAGAGAGAGUCCUUUUCGACUUAACUUCUCUGGCGGUGAUUAAAACCACAAGUUCCACUUGUUCCACAGUUAUAUUUUUCCGCUCCGAGAUUUCUCUCGAAGGAUACAUAAUAUUUAGAGUCCCAAUU